AUGGGUUGGGUAGGUGCAGUUGUGCUUAUCGCAACAAUAGGCUACUUUCUCUACCGCCACCCUCCUCGCAGCUGGGCUGAACCUCGUUCUGUAGCCUCUCCGGAACCCAACCCCGACGCGCCGAUUGCCGCUGCCACCGCAAACGAGCCUGUGCAGCGGAAGCAUGGAUCACGGGCCUCGACACCAUCAAUAGAGACAGAGGAGGAGGAUUCCCAGAGCACCCCUAAGGCUUCAGCUUCGAGUGUACCGCUCCCCGUUCUUGCGGUUCCCACAUUCAACCUGGACAACGGCGAGAGCAAGACAUGCCAACCCGCCACGACGCCAUUGAUUUCACAAACCACGAAUGGAACAGCAGAGAAAAAAUCCCCGGCAAACCAUGAUCAUGAGGCAUCACAGUUCCAACCGCCACCGCAGCUAUCCCUCGCACCCCCUCCAAAACCACAGCCAUCAUCUUUGCCUCCGAAGGCAACAACCACCGGCGCCUCUUCCCUAAUGCCUCCACCCCCAGUACCACGGCUCCGACCAGCAACUCAAGCGAACCGCCUCACCCCCACAAGCACGCUCCAACCCCCACGGAUUAGCGGCAGCCCCCUCAGCCCGCCACCAUCAGUAGCCGCCUCUAAGCGCGGUCUGGGCACACCGAGCAACGGCGCCCGUCUUAGCAACAGCACACUCGCCCCAACACAAGUAUCUCUGAAGAAGUCAUCACGUAAAGUGAUUCUCCAGCCAGGAUUCUCGCCCCUUGACUGGGCAGCGUUGGCAGCGAACCCGAAAAACAAUCUCCGCGGUGAAGGUCUUCCCCUAGGCCUGCUGCGGGUCACACCGUCAAUGCUGAAGGAGCAGCACGGGCGUAAGGGUCGUGAUGCCUGGACUUCGUACCAUGGAAAGGUGUACAACAUCUCUCCCUACGCCCCUUACCAUCCAGGUGGGAAGGGUGAGCUCCUUCGAGGCGCGGGAAAGGACUCUGCACAGCUGUUCCAGGAGAUUCAUCCGUGGGUCAAUUGGGAGGGCAUACUUGGCGAGUGUCUAAUCGGAAUCCUGGUUUCGGAACAUGACAUCCAGACUGAGGAUGCUCUGGAUGCGAUGGACUAA